CUGUGCUUGCUGUCUUCACUUUCUUGUCUUGUUGACUUGUCAUCUUCCUUCUUGGCUCUAGCUAAACAAUUUGCAACUGCAUUUUAACGUAUGCUUUACUUUUGAUUCCACUGUUAUUUUAAAACAAAACCGUGUUUACUGGUGUGUUGUUUCUUUCCAAGAGUGUGUAUUUCUAUUAUAGAGGAUUAGGCCAUUUUUGUUUGCCAUUGAAAUCGCCGACAAGCCUAUUGCUCAGUUUGGCAGUGUUUUCAGUGUAAAAUGAAGAAAAGCGAAGAAAAUUAUAAGUUUGACAGUUAAUAAGUGAUGGAAGGCUACACUAAUGUUAUCGGUAGUUCAUACGACUUUGAUGAUCUUGACAUCGAAGGGAGAGUCGUUGAUGAAUGGAAUGCUGAUGAAGAAGAAAAACACUCAUCGAAGAAAGAACUGCCUAAGAAUGCAGAUGAGAGAACACUGUUGUCUGAGAGAGUGAAGCUGGACAAUGGUCAGCAGGCUGAUGUGUUCUCUGUGGUGCGCAAGAAGGAAGGUGUGUGGUACACUUGUCAUGUGUGCUCGGAAACUGUCGCGGGACUGUCGGCGUUGCGCCAACACUCAGACUCCGGCAGACACCGAGCCAACAUGAGUAGACCAACUCACCCCUGCGCCAAGUUCAUCAAACUUGAUCCUAAAGAAAACCUUUCGCUGGAACCUGGUGAGCCAGUGCCACCCGGAUUGGAAGAAGUUAUUAUAAAGAAUGCGCUGAUCCAACCCAAGUUGGAUGCAUACAAAGCACCAUUGAUUGGUCUAGAGUUUAUGGUAGAAUUGACAGAGUCAACGCUGGACGAGACCGAAUACUACUACUGUCUGUUGUGUGAGAAGACCGGCAGCGAACGCAACAUGUUCAUUCACUUCACCAGCAUAUUCCACUACAUGAAAUAUCUGAGCAUGUACUUUCCUACUGUCGCAAGAAAAUUGCAGGCAUUACCUCAAAAGAAAGAUAUGAGGAAAGCCUUCGGUCUGCUUGUCACUGAUAUCAUAAAAGAUAUUGAGGAGAAGUUUGGUCGUAUGAAGCCCAAGACUGUUAAGUACCAAGAAUUUUAUUUUCAAGAUCGGAAGAAUGAACUGCAUAAGACAUCUUAUGAAGGGCCUCAUUUCAGGGAACUUGAUGGUGAAUUGUUUGAUGAGAAGGCAACAGCUGAGAACCUUAACAAGAAGAACAAAGAAGUGAUUGCUGCACCGCCUGUUACAAUGCAGAGUAUUACAGUGCCAAAAUCAAACGAGAACACAGAAUCAUCUGGAAUCACAUUUAACAAGAACAACCGCAUCAAUGUUGACAAGAAACAAAUAAGGUCUAGAGACGAGGAUGGCCGGAAUAGUAGUCCCGAUGUUGAGAUUGUCAAUGUUACUCAUAAAACUAAACCUCCAGGUCAUAAGCGAACUAGGUCUAGAAGUUUGUCUUCAAUUUCGUCACUCUCCAGUGCGUCGUCGCAUGGGAAAAGCAGAUACCGAUAUCGUAGCAGUUCCAGACACCAUGUCAAGGGGACGAGUAACCGUCACUGGUCCAGAUCUCGGUCCCGGUCGCCCAGCUACAGAUACCGACGUCAUGCAAGACGCUCACCCUCAUAUGGACACCGCAGUCGGUCGCCUCAUGCGUACUCUCGCUCUCACUACCACAACAGUAGUCGUCCCCGACACACCAGUCGAGGUCACAGUCCUCCGCCACCCUACAGAUUACGAGUGGACAGAUAUGGAAGAGAAAUACGAGAGAUAUAUGAUAGCCGCAGUGAUAGGUAUCGCAGGGAAUAUACUCCAGAAGGAAGAAUAUCCCCAAAAGAGAUGAUUUCUUCUGAAGAAAAAGCCAUUUGGGAAAAAUUUCGAGAAGAACUUAAAAAAGUGGAAACUGCUAAACUAGAAAAACUAAAAUACUAUGAAAAAAAUCCUGAAAAACAUCCACAGUAUCCUGAAGAAUGGAAAGCUUUUUGGAAUAAAAGAUACAAUGAAUUACAGAGGUCCGGAAUUGAUCCUAGUAAACAUGAUUUUAAACCUGAAUGGAUUGCCGUUUGGGCAAAGCGUACAAAAGAAAUUCAUGAAGAAGAUUUAGCCAAAGCUAAAGAGGAAUUGAAAAAGAAGUUUAAUCUGCCUGAAGAUCCUGGAGACAAUGCUAUGCCUUGGAAAUAUCAUCAAAGAAAAAGAAAGAAUACCAGCCCAGGUCUAGUUGAUAUAUCCCCCCCGACCCCUGAAAAGAAAGAUAUGAUAGCUGACAUUAAAACUACUUGGAAAGCUUUUACAGGCUCUGACAUUAAAGAUACUCCGAAGCGACCAUUGUCUCCAUGGGAAGACGAUGUGCCAUCUUCAAGGCGAAAAAAUUCACCCAAAUCGACAUCUUCAACUCCACCACCAAACGCCGACGAGAAGCUGUUAGAAGACAUGCCUCAGAGAAAAACAAGGACAUCAGCAUUAAUUUUUGUUCUGAGAAAAUUCACUGUUUUAGAGCAACAGUUGGGUUCUCUGGCGCCGAAAACAUUUGAAUUGAUGUCUCAAUCAUUGGCAUUAGAAAAAAUAAAAGAAGAUGCCUCAUUGGAUCUUUUGCUGGAAGAGGAAAAUAGUGUAUACUUGGAAACUGUGAGGGAAAAACUGAUUGCACUGUUAUGUGCCGGUGUUGUACCUAGAAACUGUGUUAAUACGGCUCGAUCAGCAAUAAAAAACACGGAUGUCGCUUUGUAUCUUGCCUCAAAGAAACAGAGAUCUCUUCCAGUGGCGACAGUCAGAGCUGUGAUGCAUGGAUCAUUUCCCCCUCCUCCGAGUAGUUUAGGCAUUCAACCCUAUGCUUCUGUAGGCUUACAGCCUGUGACUAGAUCUGAACCUAUGGUUGUUCCAGGAGUUGGUGCAGUGGAUAAGAUAGCAAUUGCUCAGCAGAUAGCAGCAGCGCUGGUAGAGCAAGGAAAAACUAAUGUAACCGAAAGUGAAUUGAAUCAGCUGAUAAAUGCUGUUGUUGGCAUGGCUGAAGCCUCAGCUCAUUCCUCUCGACCAAUGACAACUGCUUAUUUUCUGCAACAGUUGCAAGCUGCACAAAAUUCCUCUGUACCUACUCCUGCAACUUCUAUUCCUCCGGUCGCUCCAUCCAUCGGAAAUCUAGAACCUCUUAAACCAGUGUCAAGUGAAGCUCAACUUCAGAUAAAUGCUCCCCAACCAGCAAGUAACAUCUUACAACCAAAGUCAUCUGCCGCAUUUGGAGCUCUUAAACUAUUGCAAUCAGCAUACAAUGAGUCCACUAAAGCAGAUCAAGACUCUCCCAAACGAGAUGUGGAACAAGUUCCCACUAACAGUUUCAUCUCCGAUCAAGAAUUGGCAUCCACACUGUCUGUAUUUAAUAAGAUGACUAAAGAAGACCAACCUUCUUUUGUACAAAGGCUUAAAACGAACAAUAUUGAAAUGUACAAGCGUUUGUGCCCUUUCAUUCCUACAAGUGUAAUCGUAGCAGCUGACAAUCCUUCACCUUCGUCUACUUCCAGUAAUGUGAAACGAUCUCCUAUCAAUAUUCCUAUUUCUAAAAAUAAAAGUGAGCAGAAAAUCAAAUCUACUUCUUCUGGUCGUUUAUCUCCAUUUUCUCAGAGAUCAGGUGGUGCUAACCCGACUAUUGGAGACAAAGUUGUCAUUGACGAUGACGAUGACGAAGACGGUAAGAACGAUGUUAAGAUUGUACACGAAAGCCGUAACACACAGGUACCUUUUCUAGGAAACUUUGAUAGUUCUAAAUAUAAGAGUAAAGAGAGUGAUUUAGAAGAUGAUGACGACGACGACGAUGACUAUUCCUUUGAAGAUGUUUAUAAAGCGGCACAAGAAAAAUUGAGGCAGCAACAAAAACUUAUCGAUGAGGAAAAUAAAAAAAAUCAAUCAAAUGAAUCAAAAGAAACCACAAAACCAGAGGCUAAACAAGCUGACGAAUUGAACAGUGAUAAAUCUCGGCAGAGUACCCCACAAAGUAAUACAUGGUCAAACCUUGGCAAUCCUGAAAAACCUCCAUUUAUUACAGCAGAAAACCCAUCCCAACUCAAACAAACAACUAAUGACCAGUUAAAUACACAAAAAGGUAAUCCAGACAAUAUUUUCAUGGGCAAACAAUCGCUUUAUUCAGACGCCAUUCCAGCAAGACAUGAUGCUUACCAAGGUUCUAACCAACAACCUUAUACUUACCAAGGGCCCACUCAGGAGCGACAGUCGCAGCUAGACCCUUACACAAAUUCUGGCCAACCUCAACCUGCGUAUGGCACCAGCUUUAUUCCUACAUAUUCAAACAAAGAGCAGUAUUCAGGUAAUCCCCAAGUGAAUACAGAUUACUAUAAUAAAAACAGUAAUUUUGCCUCUAAUAAAGAGCAACCUGGGACAUAUGGAAAUCCCUACGGUUCAAACAGAGAUUCUUUUAAUGCACCUCCUUCCAACGCCUCAUCAAACCCUACAUACGGGAAUCAAAAUAUUGCAAACCCACGGUAUGGGAAUCAGUCGACUCCAGGAAAUUCAAACUAUGGAAAUCCUAUCAGCACUUACAGUAAUAAUCAGUACGGCUACAGAGAUCCUCAAACUGGAGCUAACAAUUUCUCUCAAGGGUACCCUCAAACACCCAACCCUCCAAAUUACUCUAACCAGCCGGCUGUCCCCCCGAGAUAUCCUAAUCAGAGGUACCCUCCUUACUAGAGAUAAUUAUGUUAUCAAUAAUGAAUGCUUUGUUUAUUAAUGCAAGAAAUGUAUUUAGUUAUAUCAUUUUAAAAAAAGUUAUCAAUCAAGUAGAAACAUACACAUUUUUAACAUUAAAACUGCUUUAUUUGUAAAA